CCGUGUGCGUGUGCGCGUCCACCGACGCAGCAGCAGCAGCCCUGCCUUUUCUCUCCGCUGACGUCCGUUUCCCUCUUUCUCCUCUUGUCACGGUGUUUUUCCGGACAGACGGACCGGAUCCCGGUUUUUAUUUCUCUUCUCCGUUCGGUAAACCGACGCCGCGUUUCCGCCACCGGGGACAGGUUUCCGAUCCGAGCGGAAUGAGAGCAGCUAAAGGGCGGACCGGACCGAGGAGAAGCACCGGGGAAAGCUGCUGCACAUCCGCCGCUUUCUUUCCCCACAACCAUUGAUUUGUCCACCCGGGGCCGUGAACACCUCACCGCGUCUGGAAAUGCGCUCUGAACGGGUUCCGGUUCCUCUUUAAGCGGUCGUUUCUCCGCCUUGACACCCAGAAACCUCCCGUUAGCUAGCCACCGGGAAAAGAGACUCCCCCUCUCUGAGCCCAGACCUCCAGCUCUUAUUUACCCUCCAUCUGCUGCCUCCAUGGUCCGGUUCUGCUCUUUUUCUCACCUGAAGACGAUGCAGCCGGAGGUGGCCGCCGGGAGUGUUUCGGUACAGAUCCAGCGGAGAUGAUCCGGUAGCGUCUGGGAGGGAUUUGGGGGAAAGUGAGAAGCUGAGUGGGGGAGUUCAGAGUGCUCUUGUGACUGGGCCGGCACCGUCAGAACCCACACAGACAUGAGGUGGAUGUAGCGGAACACUUUGUUUUUACGCAUCAGUUUGAGCUGGAUCACUGUGUUGGUGAUCCGUGCUGCCUUCACGGACCCUAACAAUGAGGAUCGUAUGAGGAGUGAGGCUCAUACACAGGCAGAUCCCGGGUUGUUUUUCUGACCCACUGUGAACACAAAACCCACUUUUUCUUUUUAUUCUUUUUAAUCUUUCUUCCUGGAGCGCACUCAGGGACGAACAUGUCUUUACGCACGGCACUGCCUGGGAACGAGCGGAACCCGGACCAUCAUACCUCCCUGUCGGCCAGCCGCUCGGAGAAGGGUACAGGCUGGUCGAGCCGCUCGCUCGGCGCACGAUGUCGGAACUCCAUCGCCUUGUGUUCGGACGAGCAGCCGCACAUCGGAAACUACCGGCUGCUCAAAACCAUCGGCAAGGGCAACUUCGCCAAGGUCAAACUGGCACGGCACAUACUGACGGGCAGAGAGGUUGCAAUAAAGAUCAUCGAUAAAACACAGCUCAAUCCGACCAGCCUACAGAAGCUGUUCCGAGAGGUACGCAUCAUGAAAACUCUGAACCAUCCCAACAUUGUUCAGCUGUUUGAGGUGAUUGAGACGGAGAAGACACUUUACCUGAUUAUGGAGUACGCUAGCGGAGGCGAAGUGUUCGACUACCUCGUGGCUCACGGCAGAAUGAAGGAGAAAGAGGCCAGAGCCAAGUUCAGACAGAUUGUCUCAGCGGUGCACUACUGUCAUCAGAAGAACAUUGUUCACAGAGACUUGAAGGCGGAGAACUUGCUGCUGGACGCCGACUCCAACAUCAAAAUCGCCGACUUUGGCUUCAGUAACGAGUUCACUGAAGGCAGUAAACUGGACACGUUCUGCGGCUCUCCGCCCUACGCCGCCCCGGAGCUCUUCCAGGGAAAGAAGUACGACGGUCCAGAGGUGGACAUCUGGAGUCUGGGCGUCAUCCUGUACACGCUGGUUAGCGGGUCGCUGCCCUUCGACGGACAGAACCUGAAGGAGCUGCGGGAGCGUGUCCUGAGAGGGAAAUACCGCGUUCCCUUCUACAUGUCCACGGACUGCGAGGGAAUCCUUCGCCGCUUCCUGGUCCUCAACCCGGCCAAGCGCUGCUCGCUGGAACAAAUAAUGAAAGAUAAAUGGAUCAAUGUCGGCUUUGACGGCGAGGAGCUGAAGCCCCACACCGAGCCUGUGGAGGACUUUACCGAUACCGGACGCAUCGAUGUGAUGGUUGGGAUGGGCUUCAACAGGGAGGAGAUCAGAGACUCGCUGGUCAGCCACAAAUACAAUGAGAUCACUGCCACCUACCUGCUGCUGGGACGCAAGAAUGAGAUGGAGGGCACCGAGUCUCGGUCGGGCAGCAGUCUAAGUCUGGCUCGAGUCCGACCCGGCACCAUCAGCAACGGGACUAGCAAACACUCCACUUCCUCUUCCUCCUCGGGUGCACCGUCUUCCUCGUCCGGCCACAAGGCUCAACGCAGCGCCUCGACGUACCACCGCCAGAGACGACACUCCGACUUCUGUGGUCCAGCGGUUCCGGGUUCCACUCACCCCAAGCGAAGUCCCAGUGGUGUCGGCGAGGGGGCGGGGCUUAAAGAGGAGCGCCUGUCGAUCCGCAAGCCGAGCACCAAUACCGUCGGCUCCCGCAGCAUCCCGACGCCCUCCAGUCCCAUGGUCAGCUCCGCUCACAAUCCAAACAAAUCCGAGAUACCCGACCGGCGCAAGGAGGUCAACUCGACCACGAACAACAUCCCUGCUAGUGCCAUGACUCGAAGGAACACGUAUGUGUGCACAGACCGAUCCAACAACGACAGACACUCCCUCCUGCAAAACGGCAAGGAAAACAGCUCCCUCUCCCACCGCCUCCCCCCCGCCUCCCCCUCGACCCACAGCAUCGCCGGCGCCUCUGGGGUCUCCUCCUCGUCCUCCACGCCGUCCUCCCGCCUCUCCAGGGGAUCCACGGUCAGGAGCACUUUCCACGGAGGCCAGAUCAGAGACCGCCGGCCUCCCUCCCACGCCCCUCCGGCCUCCCCCACGCCGUCCCACGAUGCCAGCCCGCUGCCCCACGCCAGGACCCGGGCCACCACCAACCUGCUGAGCAAACUCACCUCCAAGCUGACCCGCAGGGUCACUCUUGACCCUUCUAAACGUCAGAGCUCAAACAAGUCCAUGUCGGGCUGCACCCUCCCACAGGGGACAAAAACAGUUAGGUCACAGACGAACCUGAGAGAAUCAGCAGAUCUCCGGUCACAAGCCUCAGCUGCUCCAGUCCAGUCUCAGGUUAAUAACAGCAGUCGCCAUCUAUCUGGGCAUCAGAAAGCGGCCGAGCCCCGGACCCCCCGAUGCGGCUGGGAUGUGAGGGUGCGGAGCCCCCGCGACCCGGCCGAGGUGGUGCAGGCGCUGCGCGAGGCGGCGCAGGGCUGCGGCUGCCAGGUCCACCUGGCCGGGCCUUUCCUCCUGUCCUGCACCCACGGAGCAGCCGGCGCCCGGGUGGCCUUCGAGGCCGAGGUCUGCCAGCUGCCCAGCGGGCUGGGCCAGAGCAGCGGCGUGAGGUUCAAGCGCCUGUGGGGGGCACCGUUAGCCUUCAGAGACAUCGCCACCAAAGUGUCCAAGGAGCUGGAGCUCUGAGGACGACCGGAGGUGGGGCAGAUCCAUGACGGACAGGACAGGUUGAGGGAUGAGGAGGGAUGAAGAGGAGGAGGAGGAGGAGGAGGAGCAGAAACCUUCCUCUCUUCCUCCCUGGGCUCCACCUCAUCUGACGUGGCUAGCGAUGCCUCACCUCUGCCAAAGACCCUCUUGUUCUGAUGCCACCAAUCACAGCCAGACAAAUGGAUGCAUGGAUGCGGCUGACUUCUGAUGACCGUUGACCUUGGAGCUGUCAGUGACCUGCGACUCCUGCUUAGCACAUGCCACCACCUCCACGUUACAUGAGCCCUUGGAGUUGAACUCUGUUUUUUUCUUUGUUUUUCAUGAUUUCAUAUUUGGUGAUGAUGCGGAUGGUUGCUGAGAAUGAUGGAGAAGUUGUUGUUGUCGACAUUGUUGUUCCUAUUGUAUCAUAUUUGUCAUCAUUCCUUUUUAAAGAGCUGCUAUUUAAAGAAAUGUUCUACAUUUUUUUGUGUGUAUUAAGUUUAUUUUCUUUCUUUAAUGCUUUUAAAAUGGACAGACAUUUGACGUCACAUAUUUAAGUAGCGAGGGCUCAGUCUGACCUCCGGCCUCUAGAGGGAGACAUGCAGAGAUGCAGAGACUUGUGACAGACCCAGCAGAGCAUCAAGCAUCACACAAUUCUGCCCAGCUGUCAGCAAGAUCCAUGUUUCAGUCGGAUUUUGACGUGUUUGCACCAGUUCUGUUAAAAAAUGAGUCUGUCUGCUAUCCAGUGUUUGGAUAGCUGGCAGGUGAGCUCCACACAGAGUAGUAAAGCUGCCUAAUCUACACAUCUGAUCGGCUGUUGAGCUUAAAUAUUCAUUAACUUCAACCAAUUUUUAGGAAAUUAAAGCCCUUCAAAACUUUUUCAUCCUUCAAUGUGUAAUUUCCACCAGAAAAUCUGAAUUUCCAACUGGAAUCUUGAGUUUUGCACCACUUUGCGUUGCUUUACAAGUAAAACCUCCGUUUACGGGAUUUAGUUAUUUCUAUUAGAAAAGCAGCCCAAUCAGAAAACAUUAUUAUGACACUAAUCUGUUGUUAAACUAAGAGCAGUUUGAAGUAAAUAAAUGUCAACGCUACAUUUUACUGAAGUGUGUUUAAAGAUAUAGCAAAUUUCAAAAGAAAAUAAAUAUUUAAAUGCACAUUUUCAGCACAUUUUGUAUGUUUUAAUUGAGUGUCCAGAUAACUAAUAGGAUUAAAGUCAGUUUUUUUUCAAAUGUGAAAUGUUAAUCUCGUGAAAUUUAACACAAAAAUGCCAACAUUUUUCCUGUAACUCCAGUCCAGACAUAGUAUUAAAAUGUGACCCAACAAAAAGCCUUUAUUUUCUGAGCCACUGUCAAACAGUAAAGCAGGUUUGUCGUAACAGAAGACCUUCACAUCAUAUUAUUAUUUGAUCAGCUUUUCCUGAUUACUGUAGCUGAUGCUGGUUCAGAGUAAAUGGAGGGGUUGUUGUUUUCCAGUAGUUAUUCUGGUAGCGUGACAUUCUGUUGGAAAGCCAUCGCCAUUGCUUCGCUGAGUGUCGUGCAAUACAGCCACAAAGCCAAAAAUCUACACUUGAAUAAGCAUCGAUUCAAACCUAACAGGGCUCCUCUUUUUGAUUUUUUUUUUUUUUUUUUAAUAUUGCUGGUAUGUUGUUGAAAAUGAUCGAGCACUUUUUUUUUUGCUUUUUCGCCAGUAUUUCACUGUACUGUACUGGCAGAGUUUUUAAAUAAUUUACUUCUUUUGUAUUUGUUAAAGAAAAUCUUAUUUCAUGGCACAUUUAAAGGCUGCAGAGGAGGAGUAAUUCUACAUGCCUUUUUUUUUUUUUUUUUUUUUUUAGCUUCACAUACCUACUUUUUGCUUUCCAUUGUGACACCAGCUCUGGUGACUUCAGGUUUCCAGGUAGAUGUGCCAUUCGAUUUCAGUGGGAAACUGAGGUACAAAUGAUGUUUUUAUCUGUUAAACAAGCACCAAAUUCCAGUGACGCAUUAGGGUUUGUUUUCCUUUUGUCCAGUGUUCGUGUUCCUGGCUUUAUUUUGACAUGCAAACUGUAGACUUCCUUACGUCCACCAAUCAGGCUGCAGAGAAUUGUACGACUGUUGACCAAUCAGAUUGAAGCAUUGCUGUACAACGUUUAUGACUGUUAACCAAUCAGACCCCUGCCUCAUUGUGCGACUAUGAGGCGGCGGUUUAAGACGGGAAUGUGACCUUUUAAGAUUCCUUGUUUUUUUUCUUUUGUAAAAGCACUUUGCUGCUCAUCGCGAGACGAAGCUACCGAGAUUCCACCAAGUGCUGCGUUGGUUAUGUGUUGCUGCAUUGACGCUGACAACUUCAAAAUCAAAAAAAAAAAAAGGUUGUACUUGUAAUGUAACUCUACAAAGCCAAGCAAUUAUCUAGCGUCUAACAGAAACACUGAUAUGGGAUAAAGUUAGAGCAGAUUUGCGAACUUUACGACAGGAUUGAACUGUUUUCAUGGGAGAUUUGAGCUGCAGCAGGUGUCCACCACUGUCUGAAAAUGUGAAGCUGUGAUUUAGGGCUAGUUUUGCAAAUCUUUUUUUUUUUUUUUUUUUUUUGGUGUACAACUGGGCCUCGUCCCCCUCUGAGGCUGUUCUCUAGAUGCGGUUAGGGCCACGCUUCAAGGCUACAGUUCUGUUGUAUAGUGUGUUUGAAGCCGUCGCUGUUAUCAAUAAAAACUUAACUUAUGGGCUGAAAUUACAGAAAUGAUCGACCUGCAAUCCUGCAUGUCUCCUAGGAAAUAACAUGUGACACAAAAAUAAAGACUUUCAACCUCUUUCAUA